AUAAGAUCACUAGUAUGGACUCACCGACUACAAGUGUUGUUUCCUCAUUUCUCGAGGCUGCUUAUCAGGGCGAUAUGAAUCGCAUGAAGGAGCUUAUGGCCAGCAACUCCGGUCUAUCCGUUAAUGUUCAAGACUAUGAUAAGAGAACUCCUCUUCAUUUAGCUGCUGCUGGUGGUCACAUGGAUGCUGUCCAAUACUUGUUGGGUGAGGGGGCUCAGCUCAAGACUGAUCGCUUCGGUAUGCUUCCUAUCCACGAUGCUGUGGUAAACCAUCAUAGCGACAUCAAGGAGGUGCUCGGUCAACUCGACCUCAAGUGUGAUGAUGCCAUGUGUUAUCUUUCCCCUGAGAAGGAGGAGGCUUUGAAGGAGCAAGUGAAGAACACCAAUAUCUCUCUGACUCCUGAGGAUUUGGAAACCAAGAUGACUCAGGUCUUUUCUAUUAUUAUGAAGGAAGGUGUCCUCGCUGCUGGUUCUCUCUGGCAGGAGAUCGUCUACUACUUCACUGAGCUUGGUCUUCAUCCCAGCUACUUCAAGCAUUUUACCAGUGCUGAGAUCGCCAGGCAUAUCCAUUGCCUUAUCGCUGCUAAGAAGGUCGCUCAGGCUACCAAGUCUGACUAUAUCCACUUCGAGAUUGAGGAAGCGGAUUCGGCUUUCUAUCUCACCACUAUGGAGCCUGAGAAGAUUGCCAUCACUGAUGCUAAGGUUGCUGAGUAUAUCAAUACUGCUAAGGACUGUGGUUACACUAUCACCUUCCUCAAGUCUGAGAAGGCUCCCAUGGCCGAAGGGAAAUUCCCUCUCGGCGUCUUUGUUGUCGACAAGCAACAGUUCGAGUCGGGUGUUAAGUUCGAGAACAUGAUGGAUAAGAGCGACCUUCAGCUCGUUGCCACUCCGAAGUUCCUCGAAGAGAGGUCUGUUGAAGUACAGAAGCUCUACCAGGAUCUUAUUGAUGAGACUAUGGCUACCCGCAAUACUGUUGUUAAGGUGUUCGAUGCUCCUGCCGACUUGGUUCAGAAGUCCGGCGCUCAAGUGUUGCAGUUUGCUGCCUUCGAUGUUGAUCGUACGGGCCGAGCUUACAUCUCUGAGAUCAACGAAUGCUUCCGUUCUCAUAACGUUGAACCCAAGAGAUUCUACGUGGACUCGUUCGCCAAUGGUAUCGUCACCUAUACUUGCUUCUUCGACCCCACUUUCCAGGGUGAGGCAUUGGAAAAGCUCGCGCAGACUCUUCGUUAUGUGAGUCAUUUCAAGCAUAACCCGAGGAAGUCCGGUUUGGUUUGGGAACUUGUGCUCAACAAUAAGAUCACACCCGAGCAUGCUAUCUUCCUUAUUUCUGCUGCUAA